GUGAUUGUCAGAGAAAACUUCAAGGGAAAAAUUGGGCCUUUUCUUUAAGUUACACUUGAAAACGAAACCGGAAAAAGCGCAAUUGACUUGAACCUUCUCUUGUCUUUUCUCUCUCUAAAGAAAAAAAAAAAAAAAAACUCCAUUUCCCUCCGUCUAUCUCCUCCGAUGUCAACAACCGCCACCACAACGGCGGAGAGUGAAAGCCACGCGCCACUUCUCCACCCACGGCAAGAAGCACCACGUGCAGCAUCCCUGGCCAUGCUUCUGGGACGGGUAACUGGGCGGCGUGGCCCAUCGAUGCUAGUAAGAGAGACAGCAGCGCUUGAGUUAGAAGAGCGGCGCGCUGACUGGGGAUAUUCAAAGCCAGUAGUGGCUUUGGACAUGGUAUGGAACACGGCUUUUGUAGUGGUAUCGAUAACUAUGUUGAUAUUGAGUGUUAAAGAGAAACCUAAUACGCCGAUUAGGAUAUGGAUCUGUGGAUAUGCGUUGCAGUGUUUAGUGCAUGUCGUUUUGGUUUGGAUAGAGUAUAGGAGAAGGAAUUCGAGGAGAGUUAGAGACGAAGAGAGACAGCAGCAGCAGCAGCAGCAGCAGCAGGCGGAGGUGGAAGGGCAGCAUGAAGAAAAUGAAGGAGAGAAUGUGGAUAGUGAAGAUGAGGAUGGUGUUGAUAGAGCUUCUGUUACUUCUAAUCGAUCAAGUGUCAUCAAACGAUGUGAAUCAGUGAACACAAUGGCAUCAUUUCUUUGGUGGAUAGUUGGCUUUUAUUGGGUAGUUUCUGGUGGCGAUGAACUUUUGCAGAAUGCUCCACACUUGUACUGGCUGGCUGUGGUAUUUCUGGCAUUUGAUGUGUUCUUUGCGAUCUUUUGUGUUGUUUUGGCAUGUUUGAUUGGGAUUGCUCUCUGUUGUUGCUUACCAUGCAUCAUAGCAAUUCUCUACGCUGUUGCAGGGCAGGAAGGUGCAUCAGAAGCAGAUCUUAGUAUCCUACCGAAGUACAGAUUUCAACUGACAGUCGAAGAGGAAAAGCCCAGUGUUGGAGCAGGGAAAAUGGUUCCCAUAGAAACAAGCAGUGGAUACUUGGCAAAUGAACGUAUACUCUUACCUGAGGAUGCUGAAUGCUGUAUAUGUCUCUGCCCUUACGAGGAUGGAGCUGAGCUCCAUACACUCCCUUGCAACCAUCAUUUCCACUCAACAUGUAUCGUGAAAUGGCUGAAAAUGAAUGCUACAUGUCCUCUUUGCAAGUACAACAUUCUGAAAGGAAAUGAACAGGUAUGAUGAAAGGAGUGCAGAAACCCACAAAGAGCUGGGUUCAGCCACUUGGCUUUUAUCAUAUGUACAGAAGAACUAGGGCAAAAGGAAACAAAUGCCUCUCUAAAUUCUUGUGAAAAUCUUGGCCAUUGGAGUUGUCUUGAUUCUUACUUUGUAUUUAUUUGUUUGAGGCACUUGCAAUAGAAAUAUGGAAUCAGUUUGCAGGCUUUCUGCUUACACUAGCUGAAUUAUUUUGUAGUUAUGCAGUAAUCUCUAUAUCGCCCCCUUUGUAUUUGUCCCGAUAUUGCACAAUGCAUACAGUCCAAUAUUGAUUUUUCUUCUCUAUUUUGUAUAAUAUAAUUGUAACAGCUAUGUUGCAUUA